CUUGGUGGGUGGAAGUUUUAUAGGGACUUUACUUCCGGGAGUUUGAGCAGAAGCAAGUGUACAGAAGCAAAAAAGCAGUUAGUUCUUGCAAAACGCCCUGAGCUAGGUGUGAAAAUGAGUUAUCUGUAAAAUAAUCUAUUGUUGUAACCUAAUUCUUGGGAAGAAGAGCUUUUACUUUUAGUUAUAACUACAUCCUGCUAGCUUAACAGGAUGUUCUGCUAUGCUCAGCUGGAGUGUGACUUUUUCUUAUUCCUUAGGGCAGGGGAAUGUCUAAAAUGAGCCUGUCUGGCCUAAGGUAUAGCUUGCUUGGCCUAGGGUCUGGGCCUGGGUCCUCACACUUUCUUCUGGGAUACUGUAUGCUGCCAUUUUCCUCUAUGUCCCGACCCACAGCACCUACCACAGUGGUUUGAAAUCAGAAAACCCAAUAAAAGUGUGUUGAAGGUGUGAAAGCCGAGUGAAUGAAAGAAUGUCUUUUAUUUUUUCCAGCUCCAGCUCUCCCUUUGCCUUGGGGGAGGCUGGGGAAGGAUAACUGUCACUCAAGCCUGACCUUAGGGCAGGAAAACAGGUUUGUCAUGCAAGGAAAUAGAAGAUGCUGCAUUUCCCAUUAGAGAUUUGCUUUCAAUUUCCUAUCGGACUCUGAGCUUCCUAAGUGGAGUGUAGAAGCCUAUCUUACUCAUUUUUGUAUUCACUGCUUAGCUCUGAGGCUUGGUACUAACUCUAAGGAUGCCCUGGAGGUUGAGUAGGAGGGGAGAUCUAAGGAACAGCACCUCAGGCUUACUUUGGGCCCUGCAGUGCAGCAGAGCAUAACUUUCCCAUUCCCAGAUGGCUCCGGGACGAAAGUGGACUUAUGGGUGGAAUGGAGAGCAAAGGCAUAUCCUCCUGAUUCUGAAGGAAAACUUCCUAAAGUAAUGAAAAGGCAACUUCUCCAGGAUACAAUAAGGAGCAUUUUCACAUUAUAAAGAACCUGAAAAAUCUGUACUGUAUAUCAUUCAAUCAAGAAAAAAAAAUCAAAUCCUGUCAAACUUGUAUCCAUUGUAUGUAUCCACCCAGAAUUUUUUUUCCUUCUCCCUACUCCUUUCUUCUUUCUUUCUCUUACAUUUCUUUUUGUUGUUUGUAAAGCAACCCUUUUCUAGAUCAGAGCAAGAAACAGCUCUUCAGGCUGGGAGGAUUUGGCCCAUACUGAGAAGCAAGGGGUCUUUCUAAACUCCAUUUUCUUUCUUCUUUUUAAGUGACCCCCCCCUUCCCUAGGGAGAGACAAUAGAAAUAAUUGAUCCAUCAUCCAGUACCAGGCCCAGGAGAUUUACAUGCAAAUCCUCCCUCUCCCCCUAAGACUCCCCUCUCACAUUUAAAAUCUGAGAAGGGGAAAAAAGAAGAAAACCUUUUUAAACUAGCAGGAACCCUGCUGACCACUGCUACCCACCCCAAACCAGGUGAGAGAUAGGGGGAGGGUGGUAAUCCACGACAACCCCCAUCCUCCUCCCUCGCCACUCACACCAUCCCUUUUUGGCGUGGAAUCACUUAAGAUUUGGGUAAAACUCUCCUCUCUCCCAGGAGACAAUAUCUGGAAGCUUUUAGGGGGCGGAGGCAGCGCUGGGGAGAGAGAAGGAAAAUUCCCCCAAACGGCCUAAGAAAGUCAUCUCUUCACCCAAAACAGUCCAUCACCCCCCACCCCCCACCAUUAACCUUCGAUUAAGACCUCCUCUUUAUGGCAACUAAACUUUACUUUGCAUAAUUAAGAUUUGCCUCGGAAGGGGGAGGGAGAAGCCGCAGCUCCGGACCAUUCUCCUCCACCUCACCCCUCUCACACCCCCGCCCAGCCCUCCAGCUCUGGGCCUCUAAGUUCCUGAGUUUUCUCACUUUGAGGUGCCACCGAACACAAAGAACCAUAAUGGGCUCCUUUGUGCUCGCUACGGGGCAAUUACGCCCCGGAGUCCAGGCCCCUUUAAGAGCCUCUUAAAGAGACAGGCUCUCAUUUUUCAGAGGGUUAUUUAAGGGUGUGCGUAGGGGGAGGGGCGAGGCAAACUCCUAGGGGUCUACAUAUAGAAUGAAGUGAAACUUUUGUCUGGACUCCACGAGAACGGACUGAGAGAAAAAUCUUUGUGAACUGUUAGUUUUUUUAAAAAGUCUCUCUCUUUAAAAAAAGUUUUUAACUUGAGAUUUUUCACUUGAUCUGAAAAAUUGGACUGAAAUAGGUGGGAUUCGAGGAGCAUGGACGGAGGCAAGGAUUUAAAGAGGCCCUACCCUGGAGAGCGCCUUGGCCCCCGGAAGAAAAGUGAUCCAGGGUUGAGUGGCUUGGGUCCGCGGCAGUUCUGGGGAAUGCGUGUCUCCGGAUCUCACCGCCGCGACUCCGAAGAAAUAUCCCGUGCUGGGCAAACAGCUCUUAAUAUAAUAAUAGCUUGUCUCUUUAAAAGCAAAAGGAGGGGGGGAAAGUUUUGUUGGCAUCUGGUUUCUGAUCUCAUUAUGUUGUGGUCGACCAAUCCAGCCCUCGGGGCUGGUCCUGGGGUUUAAAUCUGAUUGGCCAAGAGCACAUUUUGGGAUGGUACUUAGAGCUCGACGGGGCGGUUUCAAGGUUCCCUUUUUUGGGGGGCUGAAGAGAGGGCGGGGCCGUUGGCGGGGGCCCCCUUGAAACCGACUAAUUGGGAUCGGAGAGGCCGAGGUGAGGGCUGGAGGAAGGCACAAAGGAGUCGCUGGGCGGAGAAGGGAGGGGAGAGGCGAGAGGAGGAGGAAGAAGAGGAGAGAGGGCAAGCCGCGCGCGGUGUCUCCGGCAGCUCAGUCCGACCGCGGCGAGCUAGCGGGCAGGCGCGCCGCCCCCUCCCCCGCCCGGCCUCCCCAACUCUGCGGCCGCAAGCAAAGUUUGCAAAGAGGCGCGGGAGGCGGCGGCCGCGGCAAGGCGGCAGAGGGGAAGGAGCGUGGUCUCGGGGCUGGGGGCGGGGGCGGGGGGGCGCCCGGGAGCUGGGUGGGGGGCGGCGGCCAGCAUGCGGCCCCGCAGCGCCCUGCCCCGCCUGCUGCUGCCGCUGCUGCUGCUACUGCCCGCCGCCGGGCCGGCCCAGUUCCACGGGGAGAAGGGCAUCUCCAUCCCGGACCACGGCUUCUGCCAACCCAUCUCCAUCCCGCUGUGCACGGACAUCGCCUACAACCAGACCAUCAUGCCCAACCUUCUGGGCCAUACGAACCAGGAGGACGCGGGCCUGGAGGUGCACCAGUUCUACCCGUUGGUGAAGGUGCAGUGCUCGCCCGAACUGCGCUUCUUUCUGUGCUCCAUGUACGCACCCGUGUGCACCGUGUUGGAGCAGGCCAUCCCGCCGUGCCGCUCCAUCUGCGAGCGCGCGCGCCAGGGCUGUGAGGCACUCAUGAACAAGUUCGGUUUCCAGUGGCCCGAGCGCCUGCGCUGCGAGCACUUCCCGCGCCAUGGUGCAGAGCAGAUCUGCGUGGGCCAGAACCACUCGGAGGACGGCGCGCCAGCACUGCUCACCACCGCACCGCCGCCGGGCUUGCAGCCGGGUGCUGGGGGCACCCCCGGCGGCCCGGGCGGCGGCGGCUCGCCCCCGCGCUAUGCCACGCUGGAGCACCCGUUCCACUGCCCGCGCGUCCUCAAGGUGCCGUCCUAUCUCAGCUACAAGUUCCUGGGCGAGCGCGAUUGCGCGGCGCCCUGCGAGCCCGCGCGGCCGGAUGGCUCCAUGUUCUUCUCGCAAGAGGAGACGCGCUUCGCGCGCCUCUGGAUUCUCACCUGGUCAGUGCUGUGCUGCGCCUCCACCUUCUUCACCGUCACGACGUACCUGGUGGACAUGCAGCGCUUUCGCUACCCCGAGCGGCCCAUCAUUUUUCUGUCUGGCUGCUACACUAUGGUGUCGGUGGCCUACAUCGCGGGCUUCGUGCUCCAGGAGCGCGUGGUGUGCAACGAGCGCUUCUCCGAGGACGGCUACCGCACGGUGGUCCAGGGCACCAAGAAGGAGGGCUGCACCAUCCUUUUCAUGAUGCUCUACUUCUUCAGCAUGGCCAGUUCCAUCUGGUGGGUCAUCCUGUCGCUCACCUGGUUCCUGGCAGCGGGCAUGAAGUGGGGUCACGAGGCCAUCGAGGCCAACUCGCAGUACUUUCAUCUGGCCGCGUGGGCCGUGCCGGCGGUCAAGACGAUCACUAUCCUGGCCAUGGGCCAGAUUGACGGCGACCUGCUGAGUGGCGUGUGCUUCGUGGGCCUCAACAGCCUGGACCCGCUGCGGGGCUUCGUGCUGGCGCCUCUCUUCGUGUAUCUGUUCAUAGGCACGUCCUUCCUCCUAGCCGGUUUCGUGUCACUCUUCCGCAUCCGUACCAUCAUGAAGCACGACGGCACCAAGACGGAGAAGCUCGAGCGGCUUAUGGUGCGCAUCGGCGUCUUCUCGGUGCUCUACACGGUGCCCGCCACCAUCGUCAUCGCCUGCUACUUCUACGAGCAGGCCUUCCGAGAGCACUGGGAGCGCUCGUGGGUGAGCCAACACUGCAAGAGCCUGGCCAUCCCGUGCCCGGCGCACUACACGCCGCGCAUGUCGCCCGACUUCACCGUCUAUAUGAUCAAAUACCUCAUGACGCUCAUCGUGGGCAUCACGUCGGGCUUCUGGAUCUGGUCCGGCAAGACGCUGCACUCGUGGAGGAAGUUCUACACGCGUCUCACCAACAGCCGGCACGGCGAGACCACAGUGUGAGGGGGUGUCCCCAGGCCAGAGCCGCAGUGCGCUUUCCUCCGCCCGGGGGGGCUCCUACAGACUCCUUAUUUUAUUUUUUUAAAUAAAGAACAAUCGAAACCAUUUCUUUUUUAGGUCGCUUUUUAAAGAUAACUCUGCCCAACACCCCACCAGGUUUGUAAUUAAAAAUGUAAAUAGUCUUUGUAAAUUUAAUUAUAUAUUUUCUAUUUAAAAAGAAAAAAAGGAAAAAAAAGGAGCAGCGAGGGACACCGGGGCUGAGGAAAGGGCGGUGGGGGGGAAGUUGAGGGGGUCUCGCUGUUCCUCAGUGCCCCUUCAAACGCCAACCCCCACCUUGGUUCGGAUUUUUUGGUGAUUUGGCAGGCCUGGGCCAGCUGGAAGAGGUGUUGGCUGGUUUGUUACAUUCAGCUUCUAAAGCCACAUUGGUGAGCCUUCUCACUGACGCUGGGCCUGGGGAAGCUGUUGGAUAAUUUUGAACAAGACUUGGUUGGAUUCUUGUUUUAUUUUCCUUCCCCCUUUUCUCUCCACACUUGUCCUGUCUCCUUCACUCAAUCUUUGGAACCCUCCCAACGGAGAUGAAGACGUGGAAAAAAAACAAAACAAAACAAAAACCCAACGGGUGGGGUGGUGGGGAGAGGGCGGAGAGCGUGUGUGGAAUGGCCUCCACCCCGUUGGCCCACUCCCCUGCAGGCAGGAAGAUCUUUCUCCUUCAUGACUUUUCAACUCGCUGCCUCAAGCCCUUGGAGUGAGCCGAAAGUGCUUUUGUGAAGUGUGUUUUGAAACAAAUACACACACACACACACACACAAACACACACACACACACCCUUGAGUACUGAUGUGACCGCUUCCAUUUUUAGGGGGAGCAUUUAGUUCGCAAAUGUUGGGGUUUGGUGAUGCCUUUGCAUCUCUCCCCUUUCCUCUGCAGACUGCUCCCCCCACUCCUUCAACCGAAUAUCUUCUCUGGCAUUCAGGUUAGCAGUUUGUGGGUUGGUUUGUGUGUCAUGUGUGGGUUGUUUUUUUUGUUGUUUGGGUUUUCUUUUUUUUCAAAAGCAAUAAAAAUGGGUUGGGUUGGAGGGAGGGGACUGAUGGAUCAGUGGGAUUUUUAGUUUUCCUUUGACAAAAGACUGGUUUCUUUUCAAACUUGUCCAGAAAGGGGAAAAAAAAGGGGGGGGUAUCUUUGCUUUGGAAGAAGGCUCUGGGCAGGCUCUUUGUGACUGUGGGGGUGGGGUUGAGUGUUUACAUGACAUUCUAUAUCUCAAGAUUGAUAGAAUGUUUAUAACAGAUGUUUCUUAUCUUCCCUCUACCCCCCACAAAUAAAAGUCAAAACUUUUCUUAAAGUAUCUUUGACACUGGUAUGAGAACUGCAGUUUCCAAUACACAUCAUUUCCCCCAACUAUUUGGAAUAUUUUAGAAUUUUAAUUCCAAAGGAUUGAUUUGAGGGUCAAGGGGGUGGGAGGAACAAGUAUGCCACAGAACUCAAGUUUUCACCAUCUCCUGUUUCUUGAUAAUAGUGCAAAUUAGAAGCUAAUAAUCAUAAUA